UGUGCUGUGUAUACGUGAUUGUCCAUGUAAAAUGUGUUGUAUUGACGUUUGACGGCCUGUUUAUUAUACUUUUUAUCAUAUCGUUUGGAAGGGACAUAAUUACAAACUGUUCGUUCAUGGGACAAAAUCAUAUCGACUUUUAGAUACACGUUGAGAUAGGAUACAUCUCUUUCUUCAGAGGAUAAACAAAUCGGAAACAUGAUAGUGUAGCGAGGUCUCCGAGAUGACGUCAGCGACCUCGCAUGUCAUCCCAGUUUUGAAGCAGUUCUCUUCUGGCACUCUGAUGUUUCGGCGAGAAAUUUGAACGCUCUUUUUGAAACUGCAUGUACUAGAAGGAUGGGGAAUCCUACAGAAACUGCAGUCAAUGAUCAAAGGAUAGAUAACUCUUUUGCAGGACCUGUGUCAUCACAAGGCAUAAAGUAUGACACGGACAAUGCGCCUAGAACGACACAGGCAGGAGAUGACGCUGAACAAAUAGAUUCUGGUCACGAUAGAAACAACGGUCAACAUCGUAAAAAGAAACGGCAUCGUCAUCGACAUCACAGUCAUACUGAAGUCGCAACUAACUCUGAUCAUGGAGCCACCAGUGGAGGGCAUGACGGCGAUAACGAAACCGGGGAAGACAGCUCUGAAAAUUGUGAAAAUAUCGUUGUUUCGUCUUCCAUAAAGAAGAAACGAUCCAGAGGGUCUUCCCGACAUCACAAACAUUCAUCCAAAGACGUUGUUUCGGGAGAAGACUCGGGACUGAGCCUGGGUAACUCUUUGAACGAAUCGACAGUCGCAGGAGAUAUUUCUCUAGUUACCCCGAAUGAGCACGAUACUGAAAACGGAUCAGAAGUAAUCACUCAAAUUGCAGAAUGUCAUAAUGAUAUCAGAACUCAAAAUGCUGGUGAUGUUCCCGAAGAGGAAAGCCGAAGUGACCCAAUGAAACAAGCGGUUGAUAAUGAUGACAAGGAAGAAGUGAUGGAGGUUUUAAUUCCCAACUCGAAUAACGGCGAUCAGGCGAAUACCAAUUCGAAUGUGCCAACGAACAAAGAAGGCCAUGUCACUCAUCACGGACACCUUACAAACAGCAACGAGCAGAAAGACACAAGUGAAAGCAAGAAGACAGAUCGCAUGCAUCGGCGACUGGAGAGACAGAAAUCUCAGUACAGGAUUGAAAAGGAGAUGCUAAAGAAACGACUAGAUGGAACCAGGACAAAGUUCCAAGAAGAGAUUACGAAAUACGAGCAGGAUCUGAGCAAUCACCGGAAGGAGUAUUUGGAACAGUUGAGUUCUCUGCAGUUUCAGGAACAGUACGAGAGUCUCAGUCUCCGUAUCAAUGACCUGGGACAGCUCGAAGAGGAUCUCGACAAGCGUUUCAAAGACUGCAUCGAGCAACAAACAGACAUUGAUGAAAUGGAGAGAUUUCUCAACAUGCGAGAGGAGCUAUGCAAAAGCAAAGAAAGGGACAUUACUAAAUUAGAUGAUGAGCUUGAUUCUUGGCAGAGUGAAUUGGACAUAAAACGGCGCCAGUUGGAGACUGCCGACACCUCAAGACGAAGAACUGAUUCUUCACUCAACACGAGCUACUCUAAGGCCACCACUGAUGAAGAGGACUACAUCUUGAAAAAGAAUUUACUCAAAUGUCAGGCGGACUUGGCAAGAUCAGAGGAGGAAAAUGCCAUUCUGCAUAAGCAAGUGUAUUCACUGAAGAAACAGUAUGACUCGGCUCAAAUCCAGACACACAACCAUGAAAAGAAGAUCAAGCAACUCGAGAACCAACUGGUGAUUGCCCUAAGUCAACUCGGUAGUCCAAAACAGAACCAUCUCAACGAGAAUUCCCUGCCUCCUAUCAACGGCCACCGUCACAGUGUCGCCUCGUCGUCGACAGACAGCCGCAUCGAAGAGAUCCAACGGGAAACACGGUUAAGACGCCAGCUGGGCAAGGAUCACCUGAGCAUUAACCAAGAGGCUGCGCUGAGACGGAAACUCUCGGGGAAGGACAGUGGCAUUUCAACGCGCAGCCCUUCCACUAGCAGAAUAUCCAAAAUAACUCUAAAGAGCGUAAAGGAUGUCGGUUUGAACGAGGAGUCUGGUGGGAGAAGUCAUACGCCGGGGAGCGUAGGCGGCUCUCAGUCGGGGGAGGAGGGGUGUCAACACCCGAGUUUAGCUACUUCAGAUGUUGGGACAAGUCCUGGGAAGUCUCAAGCACAGGUUUCUCCGAAGACUGAGAAAAGUUCUGUGUGUGCUGUCAUGUGAUGUGAAACUGAUCGCAUCAUUGUCAUAACUGGGUGGACUGCUGCAACUAUACCUCAUUGAAAAAAAGAGGAAAAAGGAGAGAGAGAGAGAGAUAUUGUUGUGAGGGAGUGGAUGGAGAGGCUAACAAAUAGUAUUGUACAAUAUUGGAGCACCACAGUAGUUGCGCUUUAUAAGAAGACAUCAAUAUUAACUUUCAAGAAGCUCAGAUACAAUGUACUUCCAUGUACUCUGUUAAGAAUGAAAUGGAACGACACAAAUGCAUAUACAUUUGAAUAGACAAUGUCGGUGUCAUUUAUGUAAAAUAUUCAUUAUUCCAGGUGCAUAUAUUACAUGGAUAGGCUUGUUAUGUGAUUUUUGUUUCUGCAAGACAUUCAGAUUUCCAUUAUACAUAUAUCUCUCAAUACAGUCAUGUAAUACAUCCUUCGUGUGAAAUACGUGUAAUACCGCAACAGGGAGUAGUAAAGAUGCAAUGAAUUUCAGUAAUAUGUGCUCAUACCAAAAAAUUAUCGAGAUUAUAUAUAUAUAUUUAUGUUUAUUUUCAAAGUUAAUUGCACUAGACCAUAAUCUUCACACUCGACUCCAAAUCGAACUUCUUUUGUUUUCACAUUUUGAAAAACAAUAUGUUUCAUAUUAUAGCCUUGCAGACAAUCGUUAAAUGUAUACAAUGUAAUACACCUUCGGAUUAUAAAUCGUGAGAAUACUUUUUAGUCCUUUAAUUUGAUGAUUUCCUAUAUCUUAAAAGGUGAUCUACGUUGUUGAUAAUGGUCACAGGUUUGAAACAGACGUGUCUGUAUGGCCUAAGGUAACAGGUGAACUAUUCAAUAUCAGUCUUCCAUUGGCCAUGGGUAUCGUGGAAAACAAAUAUAUGUUUCCGCUAAAUUUUCUAAAUAUCUUGUUCUUUUAGUAGUUCCUAAUAGAUAAUUUGCAACUGAGUUCCGAACUUACACUAGGGUAAAUUCAUUAAAUGCAUUUCUUGGAUUUCAUUUUUGUUUAAACUUCACGCAAGUAAGAUCGCGGCGACGAGAUUCUAGUUAUUCCCUGGGACCCUUAGGGGCGUAUGCCUGUAAUUAUUCCCCACUGGGCGCAAUGUAUUAAACAUGGAAAAGAAAAAAAAAAGGAAAAAAAUCAUGAAAACUAGGUGUUACAAAUGAAAUCAAUCAAAACCUGAUUCUCGACUAGUUCUGCUAUUUUCCUCAAACUCCUGAAAAUAUGAUGGGGGUGUUUUUCACGGUUUUUUUAAUUUCUCAUUGCAGGGGCUCAAACUUAGACGCCCCAAACGUAAUUGGUCGCAGCUAUUAGUAGAUAUGAUGUUUCUUGACCAACCGUAUAAACUGGGACCAUUUCCUGCUUUCCUAUGGGACUGAUCUUAACCGACAAUCCCUCUUUAUUAAGCACACAUGAAAAAACCUGUUUAAAUAUGUAUUCGUGAUUUGAUAUGAUUUUUUUCAACCAUUUUCUUUUGUAUGGAUGGGGAUCUUAUCAUAUAGUCCUGCGGCCUUCAACAACUAAUUUGUGGAGUGCUUUCAUGCCUCUCAAAAUCUUUUGAACAAACUUUUAAUCUCUAUGGUCAUUACUCUGAUUUUGCACAUGGAUUCAAUGAAAAGUUUUCCAAAAUAUCUUGCUGACCUAUAUAGCAAAGAUGUUAAAUCUCGGCAAAAAAUUUAAGUAAAAACGACACCCUGUAA